AUGCUAAGUCCAAUGUCGUGGAAUAAAAUUCCUAUUAAAAAUCGUGAGCUUCAACUGAUCGGUACAUUAAACGGAGGCCAAAGUUUUAGAUGGACUUUUGACAGAAAUGAAAAUAUAUGGACUGGUAUUUUCGCCAAAACUGUAUGGAGACUCCAAGAGGAAGAUGAUUGUUUGAAGUACAUAGUUCUUGGAUCAUUAUUAAAAAAAACAGAUAUGGAAGGAAUCAAGCAUGUGGAUGUUUACAAGAACUUGUUACAAAAAUAUUUCCGUCUGGAUGUUGAUUUGAGUAACUAUUAUAAAACAUGGUCAGAAAAGGAUGACUUGUUUAAAUCAGCUUGUGUACAGUUUUAUGGGAUUAGAAUGUUAGCUCAAGAGCCAGUAGAGAAUCUAUUUUCUUUUAUUUGUAGUCAAAAUAACCAUAUAUCAAGGAUAUCAAGUAUGGUAGAAAAGUUAUGUACACAUUAUGGUGAGAAAAUUUGUGAAGUUAAUGACAUAUCAUAUUAUUCUUUUCCUGAUGUAGAUAAAUUAGCACAGCCAAAGGUUGAGUCACAACUUCGAGAACUAGGAUUUGGAUAUAGAGCCAAAUUUAUAAAGAAAUCAGCUGAUCAAAUAGUUGAAUGGGGUGGUGAAGAAUGGUUUAAGGGUUUACAGGUAAAGAUGUAUAAGGAUGCUAGAACAGAGCUUAUGAAGCUAUGUGGAAUUGGACCUAAGGUUGCAGAUUGCAUUUGUUUAAUGUCAUUAAAUCAUUUAGAUGCACUGCCAGUUGAUACGCAUGUUUACCAAAUAGCUGCUCAAAACUAUCUCCCUCAUUUGAAGGGUAAGAAAAGUGUUACUGAAAAAAUUUACACAGAGAUUGGUGAUCACUUUAGAAAUCUAUAUGGAGAUAUGGCUGGCUGGGCGCACACGGUGCUAUUUUGUGCAGAUCUAAAGAAAUUUCAACAAAGUGAUAGUUUAGAAGACAUACCUCAAAAAAGGAAGAAAAGGUAA